AUGAACACCUCCCGGGUUGCCGUCGUCACUGGCGGCGCCAGCGGCAUCGGCCGGGCCAUGGCACGCUACUUUGUCGACCAGCAGUACGGGCACGUGGCCGUGCUGGAUGUCAACAAGACGAGUGGCGGCGAAGCCGUUGCCAAGCUGAAGACGGCCAGUUCUGGCUCGACGCAGGUGUCGUUUGUCGAAUGCGACGUUGCCUCGUGGGUCAGCCAGGCGGCGGCGUUCCGGCACGUGUACGACGCGUGUGGCGGCCGCAUCGACGUGGUCAUGGCCAACGCGGGCAUCUCGGAGAACGGCGAGUCGCCGUUGGUGGCAGAAGCCAUGAAGGACGAGCCGGGCGAGCCCUCGGAACCAUCGAUGCGAACGUUGAAUGUGAAUCUGGUCGGCACCAUUUUUACCAUCAAACUCGCGACACAUUACAUGAAGAAAAACGUACCUACCGUCUACGGCCUGCGCGCGGCCGCCUCCCGCGGGCGCAUUAUCUGCACGGCAUCGAAUGCCGGUCUGUACCCGUUCCCCGUUGCCCCCAUCUAUGCCGCCAGCAAGAACGGCGUCAUUGGCCUUGUGCGCUCCUUGGCACAGCCGCUCGAACGGGCGGCCAUUGAGAUCUUUGGGCUGGCACCCGCCGUGCUCGAGACGAACAUUGCGCCGAGCAAGGACCUCUUCAAGGCGAUGAAGAUGACGCCGAUGACGACCCUGACCAAGGGCGUGAACGAGAUUUUGACAGGGAGCGAGCCGUCCGGCGGCGUGGCCGAGAUUCACGGCGAGAGCGUGACGUUCCGGGCGGCACCCGAGUUUGUCGACGCGGAUUCGGAGGCGAACAUUAACAAUUUCUGGAAUCUGGGCUAUGCCUAG